AUGGAAGACACGCAAUUUCGUUAUAUGAAAUUUACCAGAAGAUUAAUGCAAGUUGUUGGACAGUGGCCACAUCAGAGUAAAAUGCAGAAGAUAUUGGUUUCAUUUAUAUAUUUGCCAUUUGUUGGUGCACAAGCUGUUUUACAGGGUGGUGGUAUGAUUGCUGCAUGGAAUUACGACAGUGAUAUCGCUUUGGAAAAUUUCGCGCCUUUCCUGGUCAGCCUGAUGAUCGUCGUGAAGAUCGUUAACUUUAUUUUCAACAGCGGCAAGAUGAAAAAGCUUUUGGUGACGAUGCAAGACGACUGGAGAAUGGCCAUGAAGAAGGACGAAGAGAUUCGUAUUCUUCGUGAUUAUUAUUCCAUUGGAACGUUGUUGAGCAAAGGUUAUGCUGUAUGUGUUUACGGAUCUAUGAUGCCAUUUUUAAUGGUUCCAGUGAUGACACUUUCAUCACAAUUCUUGGGUUUAGCUGGAAACGAUACGGAACAAUAUCCAUUGAUAUUUCAUGCGGAAUAUUUUAUUAACAUGGAAAAAUAUUAUUAUUUCGUAUUGAUACAUUCUUAUUUUGGAACUAUUGGAUUUUGUGCUGCUGUUGUUGGAAUUGAUUCUAUGUUUGUAUUUUAUGUUCAACAUAUUUGUGGAAUCAUAACGAUAUUAGGUAAUCGUUUGGAAAAUGUUAUCAAGGACGGUGACAUGAACGUCGAUGUUUAUCCAGAUAAAGCAAAUGAUAAAACUAGCAAAAUCGUUGGAGAUUGCGUUGUAUUACAUAAUCAUAUUUUACAAUACUCUCAAACGAUCGAAUCGGCGAAUACAAUAUCUUUUUUUGUACAACUUGGACUUAACAUGGUUUGCAUUAGUUUCACAGGAUUUCAGGCUGUGAUGCAUUUGGAUAAACCGGACGAAGCGUUUAGAUAUGGUUCAUUCGCCAUUGCACAAACUUGCCAUUUGUUGUUCGAAAGUUUACCAGCUCAACAAUUAUAUGAUCAUAGUAUACGUGUAUGCGAAUAUGCUGCAAAUGGAAAUUGGUACCGUGCUUCAUUGAGAACUAGAAAAAUUUUAAAUCUAAUAAUACUCAGAAGUCAAACACCCAUUCAAUUAACUGCAGGCAAAUUUUAUCAUUUGAAUUUGGAGAAUUUCAGUGCGGUAAGAAUUUUUCAAUGCAGAAGUCACGAUGGAAAAAUAGUACGCGUGCCUUUACUGCCAUAUGUUUGCCUUCUCUAA